AAGGCAUCAGAUUAAACAAAGCCUGUGAUAGUUGGCAUUGUCAGAAACUUGAGUGAGGAUGAUGCCACUUGCCCAGAUGAGAAGAUGGCAGGGGUAAUUAGUGAGUAAGCAAGCUAAAGCAAAGGUUAAAACAGCAUGAUUAAAGGGUUUGUUUCUACUUUUUACUGUACUUUGCUACCAAGAAAUGGUAAAGGCAGGGGGUAGUAAUAAACUCAAAACUACCCUCGAUCUCCUAGGCUGUAAAAAUCAUGUCGCUGGAUGCAGCAAACUGGCUAUAAAAUCAAGAACACUUACAACAUCUCUCUCUCUCUCUCUCUCUCUCUCCUGGAGUCUCUCUGUUUGAUUGGUUAGGGAGCAAGGCGAUGGAUGCUAAUGGCGGCAAUGGGUUUGGAGUAGAGAGCAACGCUUCGGCUGUCCAUGGUGGCAUGGCGAUGGCUUGGCAAUGGCAUGGCGGCCAGAUGAGCGGCGGCAGCUCGUGCGCUGCGGCGCCGCCGCCGGUGCAACAGCCGGCGAUGGAUUCUCUCGCGUGGUCGUCGACGGUCUCGCCGAGCACCGGCGCUGCCACGGCGGCGAGCGGCGCCGGCUUCUUGCUGCCACCGGCAGCCGUGCGCGGCGGCUUCGGCAGUUUCCCGGUCAACUCCGGCGGCAUCGUCGAGCCGGCCGGUGACUGCUCGUCGGAGUCCAAGAAGAGGAGAUCAGACGAGAUUGCUGGAACGGAUCACGCGAACGCAUCGAACGCGCUUGCCGAUUCUGGGAACGAGACCGAGUGUAGCAAAGAUGUCAACGGCGAAGUGAUCGGCCCGCCGGCGACGGCGGCGGCCGGCGGCAAGUCGAAAGGGAAGGGAGCCAAGGACGCCGGCGAGGCGCAGAAGGAAGGGUACAGCCAUGUCAGAGCUCGGAAGGGGCAGGCAACCAACAACCACAGCUUAGCAGAGAGGCUGAGAAGGGAGAAGAUCAGCGAGAGGAUGAAGCUCCUGCAAGACCUUGUCCCUGGCUGCAGCAAAGUCACCGGGAAGGCGUUGAUGCUCGACGAGAUCAUCAACUAUGUUCAGUCCCUGCAAAGACAAGUCGAGUUUCUGUCGAUGAAGCUCUCGGCAGUCAACCCAAGAAUCGAUCUCGACAUUGAAUCACUUGUCAACAAUUCCAAGGAUGUUCUUCGUUUUCCCGGGCAGCCUUCCUCUGCUCCCAUGGGAUUCUCCUUCUCCACGGAGAUGAUGCCGGGGCUACAAUUAUCACGACCGGGCAUCCUUCAGGGAGGUGUCCAUGGCAUGAUCAAUCCAGAUGUGUUCACCAGCCUCAUGCAGAAGCAGCAGCAAAAUGACAAGGGAGCAUUCAGAGAGCCUCAGAUGCAUCAGACUUUGGAUGGAUCAUUCCGUAACACCGCACAAAUGCCGUAUCCACAGGUCAUGAGUUCAGAAGAGCUAAGCAUCAGGCAAGAUCAAGAUGGGUUUCACAUGUGAAUUGCAGCAACAUGGAUGAAGCAGGUUUAUUCUGAUCAGAAAGCAGAUGGAGUGACAAGCACAAACAGCAUGUGCAUAGGAAUUACUGCUGCUGAGCAAUUCAGAAUUGCAAUUCUAGUUGCCUGAGCAAGUGACCAGCUGCAAUCUGACUUCCAAUGGGAAGGGAAGAGGUUUCCCAUAGAUUCAGUACAUGGGGUGUAGCUGUGAUCAAAUAUCAGAACUGAAGCUUCACUGAACUGGACAGCUAGAACUGCAAUCCAUGAUAGCUAGAAACUCCUCUGACAUAGGACGGAAAAAAAGAACUGAAGAAAAUAUAUCUGUGCAUGUGACAAAAAAUGGAUGUCCAAAUAUUUGAUGCGAGCAAUUGAAUCGCAUUGGGAUGCAUAUCUUGUUUUUUGUGGCUCCUUCCAAGUAGCAGCGAAAAGCAAUGUUUGAUAGAAACACUGAAAUACAACUGUUCAGCAUGAAAUUUAAUGCUUAUGCAUCAUUUUUUUUU